GGGGCGAAGAGCGCCUACAUAAAGUAUCCGCGCGACUUUGACGCUUCAGUCCACUAACAGACGCAUCGACCGAGCAUCAUCAGACUCCAGGUGAAGCAGCUCCGCACCGCAGUAUCUUGUCACAUGUGUCAGGUGGUGUGUGUCAUCAGCAGGACACAGCUUGUGAUGAGGGUGGUGUGUGUGAUCCUCUUGGCCUCUCUGACGGUGUGUGUGUCACCCGGGGUCCAGACUCAGACUCUGCCGGGUGACAGUGACCCGUCUCUGGAUGAGCUGCUCCAGCUGCUCGGCUCCAUGCUCUCACAGAUGGAGGACGAGAACUACGCCAACGGAGAGCAGACGGCGUGGCUGGAGAAGAGACAGCAUCCUGGUAAACGUGAGGAGGACAGCGUCCGGCGGCUGAGGAGGCAGCACCCCGGGAAGCGUCUGAUGCUGGAGGAGCCCAGCGAGCAGAGCGAGCUCCACAAGCGCCAGCACCCCGGCCGGAGAGAGCUGCAGGAGGCAAGCCUGGCCAAGCGCCAGCACCCCGGGAAGAGACUGUGUGAGGACUGUGAUCCAGCCAGCGUCCUGCUGGAGCUCCUGGACAGAAGCAGCGGCGAGGAGAAGCGACAGCACCCCGGCAAACGCCUCGAGCUGGAGGACGAGCUCACGGAGCGAGAGUGAUGGCAGAAGAGCUCGCUGAACUGUCCGAGCUGUCAAAACGGACAACAAGAGGGUGUUU